AUGGAACUUGCGUAUGAGUCCCAUAUUCUACCACGUGGUGUCUCCACUAUGGAGGACUGUUCCUAUCAUCGUCUUCAGGAUCACUUGGGUCUGUCACAGAUAAAUGAGAGUACAACAGGUCUGCGGCCUGUGGUGCACUGGACCAAUUCUACACUAGUUAUGGUAGACAUGAUUCUGUUUGGUAUUAUGGAUUUGAAUGAGAAGUCCUCAACUUUCACCAGCUAUGUCUUAAUCUCAACAGCCUGGGUGAAUUACUUCAUAGCUUGGGAACCAAAGGAAUUUUGUGGAAUUUCAAAAAUGACUGUUCCGAGAGAACGGGUCUGGAUACCAGAUAUAGGUAUCCAAGAAGACAUCUCUGAUACAAGUAGUACCAUAUUGAGCCCAUAUGUCCAGGUGCAUCAUAAUUGGUUAGCUCAAGUGAUUGACCAGCGCCGGCUAACCACUUCCUGCAAGUUGGAUCUUUAUAGGUUCCCCCUUGACACCCAGAGCUGCAGCAUCACCUUUAAGUCCAUGAUACACAGAGCAUCAGAAAUAAAAUUGCGGGCAUUCGCCAGCGACACUGCAGUGAACCACAUAACUAGGGAGAGCAUGACUACACUGGAUGAAUGGGACUUCCUGGGCAUUGCUAUGACUGAGGAAGAACUAAAUUAUGGUGGUGAUGAAAAAUGGCAUCAGCUAAUAUACAAGAUCACCUUACGAAGGAGGCCACUAUUAUAUAUAAUCAACCUUGUGGUACCAAUUGCCUUUUUUCUUGUGUUGGAUUUGGCCUCCUUUUUCAUCAGUGAGGCCAAAGGGGAAAAGCUAGGCUUCAAAGUGACCAUACUCUUGUCCAUCUCUGUCCUAUUGUUGAUUCUCAAUGACAUCCUGCCCUCCACAGCAAAUAACCUGCCAGUGAUAGCUAUUUACUGCAUCGUAAUCUUUGCCCUUACGGGCCUCAGCCUCCUGGAGACCAUGCUAAUGAGCUUCCUGAUUGAUAUGGACAGCAGGGUUGAUCAGGACGUCCAGACUUCUGCUAAGACCUGCGAAGAGACUCAAGAAGAGACUGAAUGCCGAAGAGAGCCUGAGAGAGAUGCUGAGAGCAGCCUGGAGAAGGUGGACACCUUUAACAAGAAGGACCUCGAUGGAAACUGGCUGAACAACCCCUACCUGCUGCAGCUGAUCCUAAAGGAGGUGCAGAACGCACGGCAGGAAUGGUUCUCUGUUAAUGUGAGAUGUGGCAAGGAGAAGCCGGGGUACUGGGAGAAAGUGGCCAGACGUAUUGACCAGGCUUACUUUUGCCUUUAUCUCAUUACCACCAUUAGUUUUCUGAUAUUCAUAAGUUUCAUGUGGCUUCAUUAACUGUGCACAGUGCAUUUACAAUAUAUGAGGAUUUUUAGGCUCUUUGGGUUACUUAUAUGCAUAAUAUUGGUACUUAAUGGUAAAUAAUACUGGUAAAUUCCAAUAAAUUAUUCUUUAUAAAUAGCUGUUUCCCUGCAAGACCUGUAGACUAAAGCUUUUAAUAUAUUUUACAUUAUCUUCAUUACCUAACCUGACUUAGGUUCACUUAGCUACUGCUUCUGUUGUUAAGGCUAUUGUUCAUGUCUGUGAUUGAGCUAACUGAAAUAAGUAAAUUACUAUUUGCAACAUAUUCAUUAAGUUGUUUCCAGUGGUGCAUGGGAAACAUCCAUGGGCAAGCCACAACCUGUGUUGUGAUAAUUGCGUUGUUUGCUCUAUAACCUGUUAGUUCAUGUGCCUUGCCACCGUGAUAUACAGUGCAUUUGGGAAGUAUUCAGACCCCUUGAUUUUUUACAUCUUUAUUCUAAAAUGUAAAAAUAAAUAAAUCGCAAUCUACACACAAUACCCCAUAACGACAAAGUGAUAACAAGUUGAGAAAUGUUUGCAAAUUUAUUACAAAUUAAAAACUGAAAUACCCUAUUGACAUUAGUAUUCAGACCCUUUGCUUUGAGGCUCGAAAUUUAGCUCAGGUGCAUCCUGUUUCCAUUGAUUCUUCAGAUGUUUCUACAACUUGAUUGGA